CGCUCCUCAUCAUCACUCGCAGCCAUGUCUGUUCACCCGAGCAGAAUGGGCUUGGUGCCCAAUGGUGCAGAUUGCUCUACCGAGGGGCAGGAGAGGGAGAGAGAGCUCAGGGAGAGGCUCAGGCAGUCUCGCGAGCAGCGACCGGCGUACGGAGACGGCGAGGGCGCAUCGUCGAGCGCAUAUAAUCGUCCGCCACCUCCAGAACGAUGGGAUCGAAGACCUCCUCCGCCUCAAGAGGGACACAAUGGUGGUAGUGGGUACGCGGGAGCUCCUCCGAGCGAAUAUGGACGACAGUCUCACGGUGGGUACGGCGGCGGGUAUGGCGGACCACCGCACGGCGGGUAUGGCUACGCCCACCCUCCAGACGGGUAUCGCCCACCUCCUCCACCCCGCGACGGCGAUGGCGUCCCUCCACCAGGUGCAUGGGGUCGUCGCCCACCCAUCAAUGGCGGUCCACCACCACCACACAGCGGUCCACCGGGAGGCUACAACAAUUCUGCGUCCGGUCCGGGCGACUUCAUGAGCGCACGCAACGAGGAGCGCAAACGCUCCAUCCUCUCCAUCUGGCCUCCCUCGCCCCGCUCUCCUUAUCAAUCAGAAGACGAGGAUGAGAAACGCCGCAGAGAAAAGAAGAAGAGGCACAAGUCCUCUCGUCACCACGGCAGUAGCAAGCAUUCGUCCUCACGCCAUCGUAGCAGUCGGCAUCAUAGGGAUGAGGGUUCGUCUUCUCGCAGACACCGUCGUCACAGGAGCUACGAUUCACGCGAUGAGAGCGAAGACGAAGAAGAGAGGAGGAGAAGGAGGAGAAAGAGAGAAAAAGAGAGGGACAGAGAGAAUGGCUCACGACGUCAUCGCUCCCGCAGCUAUGACGCGGGAGAGGAUGAGCGCGAUGGGGAUGACCGCAAAUCCUCGCGCAGGCAGCGCAGACGUAGCUCCCCUUCGCCGAGCCGUAGUCGCAGCCGCUCACGCUCAGAACCGCAUCAGAAACUGUCAGCGCACACCGUCGCGCUCCCCAAGUCAGGCAAAGAAGACGACGCCAACGCGGACGGCUCCCGCUCCUCGUCUCCAGACAUCGGUCCCCAGCUCCCAGACUCGGUCAAGGGCAAUCAAGUGGAUUCACGCGCCUACGGUCGCGCUCUUCUCCCCGGAGAGGGAGCAGCAAUGGCUGCUUUUGUUCAAGAGGGAGCCCGUAUCCCCCGGAGAGGAGAAAUUGGCCUCUCCUCCGAUCAAAUUGAGGACUACGAGCGAGCCGGUUUCGUCAUGUCCGGUUCUCGUCACAGGCGCAUGAACGCUGUCCGUGUGCGCAAGGAGAAUCAGGUAUUGGGAGCGGAGGAGCAACGCGCGUUGUUGAAUGAGAGGAGGGAGGAACAGGGGAGAAAGGAGCGGGAGAUUUUGGGUCAAUUCAGGGAGAUGCUGGAUGAGUAUGGGGCGGGGAGUGGAUCGGGGAGGUAGGGAAAGAAGACUGACGCGUAAGAUGACACGCAAGCUUGUGACUUGGCUGUUGACCUCUCAUGCUCAGGGACUCCAAUCUGACGACGAAGGCCCCCACUUCUUGUGUCGCAUCGCGUGAUGGGAUUAGUAUUUCUCCUCAAUACAUCACCAGACCACCGCGCAUCCUCGCAUGCUCCUUUCCUGCCUCUCCGAGCACAG